AUGCGACCUCCCGCAGGCGCGUCGCAGGGCGCGUUGCCGCCGAGCGGGCGCGGCAGGAACAUGUUUGCCCGCGCGGAUAAUCGCCCGCACUGGAUGCGCGCGGCCGCGGAGGGCGCGUCCCCCUCUUUUGCCGGUGCAUGUCCCGACGCGGCUUCUGCGGCGCCACCUGCCGCAGGGUCACAGUCGCCCUCCCUUCCGCCGUCCCCCGCCUCUGCCUCUGUCUCUGCGUUCUCUGCGCCCAGCGGGGCGUCGCCACGCGUGUUUGGCAAGGUCGGCGCGCCUCUCGCCCUGCGCGAGGGCUUUCCGCGCCCGCCGCAGCCCUGGCCUGCUUCCGGGCCGCCUGCCUCCGGCUUCCCACGGGACGCAGGUUUCGCUGGCGGCCAGACAAGCCCCGUGCGCGGAAACCCGUUCUGCUCGCCCUUCCACGCGCCAGAGGGCGACCGCGGCGGGCCGGGCGGCGCGGCCUUCCCCUGGUCAGCAGCGGCGCCGCCGUUCGCCGCCGGCGGCGCCGCUGGUGGGGCGGCCUCCUCUGCGGCUGUACGUACACCGGAAGUGCUGGCCGCGCCCGGCAUCGGCAUGCAGCCUGGAGCCGCGGCGGACGCGGUGGGCGCCGGCGGAGGCAAGUCGCUGCAGGAGAUGCAGAAGAUGAUUGAAGAGCAGAUGCGCAUCCAGCAGAAGGAGAUUCUGCAGCAGAUCAUGCACCAGAUGCAGGCACAGCGAGACGCGCCACAGUCCGCAGCCGGCGGCCAGACUCAGCCCGCCUCGUCCGCCGACAAAGUUGGAAAGCCUGAGUGCUACGAGGCGAUCGGCUCGACUUUGUGGUACCGUGUCGAAACGACAACAGGGCUAAAGUAUUUUUACCAUAAGAAGACCAAGCAGGCGACGUGGACGUGCCCUCCGGAGAUCGCGGAUCUGGUGCACGCCAUCGACGCCCGCAUGGGGGGCGGCGGUGGCGCGGCGGCUUCCUCGGCUUCCUCUUCUUCUUCCACGUCCUCAUUUUGGUCCUGCGCGCCGUCGACGGAGUCGGCCUCCGCUGCGCCGGAGAGCAGUCAGAAGGCAAGCGCCGAGACGAACGGGAAGCGGAAGCGCGAAAGCGAGGAGGAGGAAGACUCCUCGUCGGAGUCGUCAGACUCGAGUGACGAAAAAGAGUCUGAGGAGAUGAAGCAGCUCAAGAUGCAGAUGGCGCGCUAUGAGGCCUUCAAACAAAUGCUGCGUGAGAAGAACCUCGGGCAGUUCGCCCACUACGAAAAGGCGCUCCCAAAGCUCCUCUUUGACCCGCGGUUCGCGGCCAUUCCGGCUGAGCAACGCAAGCGCCUCUUUGAUAAGUGUCUCAAGGAGGUCAUCGCGGAAACGCGCCAAGGCCAGAAGGAGCUGAUCGAUGCGUUCCGCGAGUUGAUGAACGAGCUCUACGAAAGCGGCCACAUCCACGCGUCGUCGACCGUCGAGACCCUCGAGAAGCGCUGCGGGCAAGAUCCGCGCUGGCUGCCCGCGGGCGUCUCCGCCUCGGACUGGGCGCAGAUUCGCAAGCGCCUCGUGGAGGAGACUGUCGAGAAGCGCCGACAGGAGAAGACUCUGCAGAAAAACAACAUCAAGAGAGAUUUCAAGAGACUCAUGCGAGAAAAGAUGGCGGAACGGCCGAGCGACGAGUGGGCUGCGCUGCGCAAGGAGCUGCGGUCGCAUCCGCAGUAUCUGCUGCUGGGGUCGGCGAGCGAGCGAGAGCGAAUCUUCCAGCAAGUCUGUGAGGAGUUGACCUUCCUGAACGAGGAGAAAAAACGCUCUGCGGACAACGCCGUGGAAGACGCGGAAACCAAGCGUGUGAACCUGAUGAAGACCGAGGCCGCCGCUGCCUUCAUGAACAUGUUGGUAGAGCGCGUGAAGAAUCCAUUUGCUCAGGGCGAAUUUGGCGGCAAAAGUAUCCCAGUCGACCUCGUCAAAGCGGACAGUCGCUUCAACACCGACGUCCUGAGCGAGUCUGAAAAACACACGCUCUACGUUUCCUUCGUCGAGGAAUUCACCACGGGCCGCGUGCGCCUGUUCAUGACGAAGCUGAACACGCUCCCCUACGAAAAACUGAAAGCCUCGUUCGAAGAGGUUCUCGAGGAGUUGCAGACGAAUAAGAGACUCUUCGAGGGCAUGCCGCAGGCGGAGCUUGUCGCGAACUUUGAACGAUGGAAGCGAGACAAGACAAACGAGCUGAAGGAGGCGUUCGUCUUGUGGCUGCGGCAAAAUCCGGAUAUCUGUCGCGGGUGCGACGAGCAAGGCGAGAAGUUCGCCAAGCUCAUCGAGAGACUCGAGACCGACAUUCGGUACAACCGACUGGACUACAUUCCGGAGGAGCGCGAGGAGCUCGUUCGCCAGCGUAUCCGGGAGGUCAACCUCGAGUUCGUUCGAAAGCCUCCCAUUGCAACCAAAGCGCAGCGCCUGCCGCAGUGA